ACAUCGCUCCUUGUAAAUAUUGCAAUAUGCGCCGUGCUGGAGGUGGAGAUUGAGCGCACAAAGACUUGGUGGGAACAUGCAGCACGGUGCAGGAAGAUGAAUCUACUCGUCACGUUGCCUGUGAUGGCUGCAAUAUCAGAUGCAAUCGAUGUAUACCGAACCCGGAAGCUUGGUAUCUGCACAGCAUGCAGCCAGCUUGCACCCAUCGGUCGUCCGUUCGUCUGCGCUGCAGAGGCACGGCAAAAUGCCGAAAGGAAGGGGUGGGUAGGGUCGAAAUGACAGGAUCACCAUGUGGACCGGAACAAUCCAUAGGCCUAGAAGGCUCAAAUCCACGGUCCUGGAGUCGUGGGGUCGUCAGUUUAACGUGUUUUUUUAUUCUCAAUUAUAUUGUUUUCUUUCUCUGCACUGCCGUUGGUCCGUCGUCCGCAAAUAAGAACCUUGGGACUCGGCUGAUAUGUUACGACAGGAUCGAUCGACUCGAUUCUGUGUAAACGCAGCUUUGCCCUGUCGCGCCCUGCUCUGCCCUGCUCUGCCCUGCGGAGAUGGCGCGAGGAAUUCCAAUUUGCUCUAGGCAUAUCCCAUAUCGUACUGUGGG